AUGUCUCUUUUAUCUUCCAUCAUAAAAGCUGCAGCACCGUUUCGCUUGGGAGCUAGUAUCAACAACUCAGAUUCUAGCGAUGACGAGGGUGAAAAAGCCCCCAGCGUCAUCCCCGAAAGCCAGUUAAGAAAGGAGAGCUCCGAGGAUAGCGAUGCGCCAUCAAGCAUUGAAAAUGAAACCAAGGACCCCUCUCCGCACUCGAGCCCACGAUGUUUUGAAAAUGAAAUGGAUGGUGAAGAGACUAGCGAAAAGGAACGCGAAGCUCCUUCUGCCGAUACACCCGAAAGCCACCUGAGACGGGAGGAUUCAUUGAGCGUGGAGGAAGAAGAUGGAGCAUCCCGCCAGCGUUUGGCCUCACCUCUUUUGGGAGCUGAAGCAAAUGAUGCAUACCUGAGCGAAGAGGAGCGCGAAGAUACCUCCGAUGCUAUACCCGAAAGCCACCUUGGACGGGAGGAUUCAUUGAGCGUGGAGGAAGGAGUUGAGCCUUUCGUUCAAUGUUCGGCCUCACCACAUUUAGGAGCCAAACCAAAUGGUGCGGACAUCAUUGACCAGGAACGCGAAGUUACGCCCGAUGUUAUACCAGAAAGCAAUCCCAGGCAAGAGGACGUUGAGAAUGACGUUGAAGCGUUAUCGAUAGUUGAAAAAGAAAACGAAGCUCCCAUUCAGCCGUCAACUCCACCACGGUCCAACGCAGCUCCAGUGAUAUCUUUUUCACCCGCAAGUUCAGUCCAAUACUCAGAGGUCUCGGGAAACUCGGACCGUUAUCCAGAGAGGGCAAUGUCUUUGGCAGGGUUGAAGGAAGCGGUUGCUCAGCGUACAGAUACGUCCAAGCCUGGAUACUUUGAAUUAUCGCGGAACGAGCAACGGAGAAUCGCUAAGAGGUUGGAGGCAAACACAAAAAAUAAAAAGCCACGACUCCAUGCUAGGGAUUUGAUACUUCCUUCCCGAAAAAUUGCGGAUCGUUAUUUGGCGAUCUACUUAACUCGCGAAUAUGUCAACCUCCCAGUCAUCCAUCUUCCAACCUUCCAGACCAAAUAUUUGAGUUUAUGGUCAAGAGACUUUAGGGGCGACUCAGCUAUUGUUCAGGGCAUCGUGAAUGUGAUGUUAGCCCUCGGGUGUCUGGCUAUUGAUCCCACCAAAAACGAUGAUGCAUGUCUAUACUUCGCUAGAGCUCAAAAUCUUAUACGAUUUGGCAGUUUGGAUGGGGAAGAUCUAGCUUGCGUUCAGGCUUACAUCAUUUCUACCCAAUUCUUGCAUGCAAUUGGAAAUUUAGCCGCUGCCUGGAAAUCGAUUGGCAUUGCUAUUCGGGUUUCACAAUCACUACAUCUUCAUCUCAAAUCCGGGAGCCAUCAUUUGGAGGAAAGAGUGGAAAGAGAGCUUGCAAAACGGGUAUGGCAUUGUUGUAUUAUGCAGGAGAGACCUUCAAUUGUUGAAUUCUUUACAUCCUCCUCUCGUUUAUAUGAAAAAUAUGAGGAUAUCCUAUCUAUUCAGGAAGAGCUUCGCAUUACCGAGGGCCGCUCACCGCGGAAAGUAAUAGAAUGUUUUGAUCCGCAGAAAUUGCUAGAAGUUGAUAGACUCCUGUGCAGUUGGAAUGCUGCGUUGCCGCCAUUCCUCCAACCAAAUGGCCAGCGCCAGGAGAAUUCCAUUGCAGAACGGCAACACAUUAUCCUCCGCAUCCGAUAUCUCCAUAUGCGAAUACUACUCUGGCGCCCGCUAUUGGCAAUCUUGGCGGCUGAUCCGGAAAUCUGCGGCUCUAGCCAGAUUCGCGAUAUGAAUCAGACUACACGAAAUUGCGUCGACACACCUCUCAUAUACACGAUCGCGACGGACGCUGCCCUCAAAUGCAUUGCUUCCGCGCAAGAAAUCAUCGAGAUAUUGACAAAACAUGAGCAGAUAAAUGAAGAAUCGCACCAUGUCGGACCAGUGCCUCCUUGGUGGGAUAACAUAGGAUAUGCAUUCUGCUGUGCUACGACCAUGCUUGGUGCCCGUAUGAGUUCUAGUGCCUAUGAAGACUUCCAGGAAAACACCGUUGAAGAAGGUUGGAACCAAUGCAUUGACCUUCUCACUCGAUAUUGCGCCUUCAGCCCGUUGGCUGCUAAGUGUUUGGAAUUCUUAGAAGAACUCGCGACGACGGUGACGUCGAUUGACGAUGAUGACGAUGAGGAGGAGGUUAAGAAGGAAGGGAAUGCCGAUGGGCAGGUUCAACGCGCAAGGGAUGUGACCUGGCUAGAGUCCCUCCCUGUUGAUCUACGAAAUUGA